AUGAAGUCCCACCUUAGCAGCAUAAUAAUGAUGACUUCUUUUCUUCUUGCAUUCAUGCUCGUUUUGCACGAAUCGCACGCAACGAGGACGAUGAUCGCGAAAAAACGAGCGCUCGAGAAUCCGAGCGUAAAAGAGAAACUUUUGUACGAAAAGGACACAUUGAACGCGCGGGAAAUGCCACCGUCCGAAGCAAAACCCACGGCAAAAUCAAGAAUAUUGUCAUCAUCAUCAUCAUCUAAGCAAACUCUCGAGAAUUUGCGCGUAAAAGAGAAGAAUCCACACAAGAAUGUGGAAUCGAGUGUGAGAACUGUACCUCCAAGCAGAUCGAAUCCUACUCAGAACAAGUAA